CAGCACUACGUAAAGGACAAUUUCAUUUGUUUUUGCAGGGUUGCCACUCAACAGAAAAUAUUUUUCAGUAUCACCAUCUGUCUAAACUAAAAUAGAAACAAAAAGCAGCGAGUUGGUUUUCGUGCUGUCUUGCUAUACUAGCAAGUUGCUAGUCCGUUCGAAGUUGUAAAUGUUGUAAAGUUGUGAAUGGUUUGACAUCGGUGGUUUAAUCGCUAUAUGUAAACUUUUGAUACCUCGUCGAUUUUUAGUUUGCGAUGUUCCGUGUAACGUGCGUGUAGUGUGAAUGUUUUGGUUCAGAAAUGAGCAGAUAGAAUUUAGUUUAUGGAUGGUUUUUGUUUUAUUACAUUUAGUUAAUGAAGAUAUGUAGGUUGAAAUACUUCGUAUCUAUUCAACUGGCAGUUCCAUGUAUUAAUGUCAUAUAUUAAUGAAUAAUUGGCAACAAAUAUGUUGUCUUCUAAGUGAAAACUCAUUGUAAAUGUGUUUUGACAAUGUGUAACUUUGUGUACAUGUUUGCAUAAGUUUGUUAUCAUAAAAGAUUUAGAAGUUGAUUGACUGCUUUACUCUAAUUAUAAUAUAGUUGACAAUGCGGUCACGAUCAAGGUCUAGAUCUAAAAGCCCUCGCAGAAGAAGAUCUCGGUCUUCAUCACGUGACAGGCAUAGACAUUCUCAAAGUUCGAGCUUUAGAUCUCGAAGCAUUUCAAAGGUACCUGAUUAUAAAAGAUCAGACAAGUCUCGAAGAUAUGAAAGAGACAGUGAUUCAAAACACAAAAGACAUAGCAGCCCCCAUCGUGAUCGGUCCUAUGAAAAAAGAACUCGUUCUCCUUUAAUUAAAGAACACAAAUCACAGUCUCCAUCACCAGCCCGCUCUUUGUCUCAAAGGAAAAGUAUUGAACGGCAUACUCAUGGAGAGGGUCUUGAUGCAGAAUUUUGGCCUCAUGAUAAAUAUGUUGAAAAUCAACAACCAGGACAUGCAAGCAGCAGUGGUUAUGGACAUUACGGUUACAGAGAUAGACAUCGUCGUAAUCCGGAGACAUUUAUGGAUCAAAGAAGGCAGGAGCGGGAAAGAAUAGGUUUAGCUGGUGUCCCUCAAGUUUGGGGGAAAUCUCCUCCUCGUGUAGAUGAUUCUGAUGAAAUGGAGUCCAUUGUGAAUGAAGGAAUUAAGAAAAAUGCAGAGUCCGAUUCAUCAGAUCUAAAAAAAAAGAAAAAGAGGAAGAAAGAGAAAAAAGCAAAGAAGAGCAAGAAGCACAAGAAAGAUAAAAAAUCAAAGAAGAAGAAGAGGAAGAAGCAGGAAUCUUCAUCAUCAUUAUCAUCAUCUUCAUCUUCAGGGGAAGAGUGUGAAUUAUGGGUUGAAAAGAACAGUAAGUGAUAGAACUGUGAUAGUGUGUAAGCUGCAGGUUCUGAUGAAGAAGAAGGAGUGUUUGGCCCCAUACAGAAACAGCAAAUCACAUUGUCCAGUAAAGAUUAUGGAAAAGCUCUGCUGCCUGGAGAAGGUGCUGCUAUGGCUGCGUAUGUGGCAGAAGGCAAGCGUAUUCCAAGAAGAGGUGAAAUAGGCCUUACCUCUGAUCAGAUAGCUUCCUUUGAAUCGGUUGGUUAUGUCAUGAGUGGUAGCAGACAUCGUCGUAUGGAAGCUGUGCGUAUUCGUAAGGAAAACCAGAUUUAUUCUGCAGACGAAAAGCGAGCACUUGCAAUGUUUAGUAAAGAAGAAAGGCAAAAGCGAGAAAAUCGCAUUCUUAGCCAGUUUAAGGAGAUGGUUAAUAAUAAAUUAGCCAGUGAGAAAGAUAAUUGAACUACACAAUUUUCUUAAAGUGUACAUAAAUCUUGUAUUUGUAAAGCAGUAGUUGAUAGUGUCAGCUAAAAAUAAAAUUUAAGAAAUAUUU